AUGAAAGAAAGUGAUGAUAUAACAUCAAAUGACAAGAAAAGAAAAAGAGGAGAAAAUGAAGAAGAAACUAAAGACGCUAGUAAUAAACUGAAGAAAAAAGGCAUCGAAUUUGAAAGUGAUGAAGAAUUUGAAAAAUAUUUAAUAAAUCAUUUUAAAAAAGAAAAAAAUUAUAGCAUAGAUGAAUAUGUAUUUUCAGACAUGAUAAAGAAAUUAUAUAACGAUAUAAAAAAAUAUAAAACAAUAGAUGAUAUGGCAAAUGAAAUAAAAAAUUUAGCUAUUGAAAGUAUAUCAAAAAAUUUAGAACUCAUAUGUAAUAAUGAAUGUACUAGUUCAUUUUUUAUCGAAAAAUAUCGAGUCAAAUAUAUGAAUGAACAAGCAGAGUUAAAUAUUAAAUCCGCUCAAAAUAAUUUUAAGGAAUUUAUGAUAUUAUAUAAUAAUGACAACUUUGAUAAUUUUAGCUUAGAAGUUAAUACAAACAUUGAAGAAAAGAAAGGCGAAAAUGACAUAAAAAAAAAUGUAACUCAAAAAGAGUAUAUAAAAGAUGAAGAAGAUAAAAAUGAAGAUGGUGAUAAUGAUACGGUUAAAAAAGAAAACAAAACAAAUGAGGCAAUGACAAAAGAAAAUGUAUACCAAGUUAAUAUAUGGAAAGAGAAAAUAAAAUGUAAAAUUGAAAAUGUAAAUGAAAAUAAUAAUAUAUUAAUAAAAAUAGUAAAUUAUUUAUCAAGUAUUGCUUUACAUGUAGAUCAUAUACCAACUAGAAUAAACAAAUUUGAUAUAUUAAAAAAAUUAAAUGAAUUAGAUUAUGAUCCAUUAAAUAUAAAUAUAUGGGAUACAUAUAACAGUAAAGAGGUAAGACCAUUUUCUUUAUCAACUGCUCCAUCUUUUCACAGAAAAGCAAAUAUAUAUUUUAAAAAAAGUACUAAAAUGAAUGAAUUAUUAAACUAUUUACGUGAAAAACCACAUAGUAUUAAUAUUAGGGGGUGGAAUUUUAAUAAUGUAAAAAGAAAUAACUAUCACUAUUUAGAUUUUAGAUUAUGCCCACCUAUAUGCUCACACGACGAAAGAAUAAAAAUAGAUUAUAAAUAUGCUAAAAAUAUUGUUAGGAAGUUAGACAGAUCGUGUCAUAUUGAUUCAUUAUUUAUACAAAGCAUGACAGAAGAAAACGAUUUUGAAGAUAAAAGAAAAAAAAGAAAAACAGGAGAUGAAGCGCAAGAGAAAGAUGCUGCAAAAGAGGAAGCCGCUCCAAAGGGUAAAGGCGCGGGAAAAAGAGGAGGAAGAAAAAAAAAAGAUAAUAAUGAUGAAUCGAACAAUGCAAACGAUCUGGACGACAUUGAUAAACUAGAUGGUGAAGAAAGUUAUAUUAUUGAAAUAAUUGAAGAAAAUACAGAUUUAGAUACACGAAAAAAAUUAGAUAUCCUGAUUUUGUAUUUAAGACUUGUUCAUAAUUUUUGUUAUUAUUCCGCUAGAAAAUUUAAUACAUAUGAUGAAAUGGUUAGAGAAUGUGGAUACUUUUAUUUACGAGUAAAUAUGGAUAAUGCAUUUUAUACAAAUUUAAUUCCAAUUUUUUAUGAAAAUUAUAAUGUUAAGAGAUUAGGAUACUAUGUGAAUGAUAAAAGCAAUACUAUUCAUUUGUCUGGAAAUAAUAAUGAUGAUUUAAUAAAUAAAGUAACUCAGAGCGAUAAUUUUAAUAAAGGUAACGAUGAAAUAAAUGCAAAUAAGGAGUUACAACUAAUAAAAGACAAGUUCUUUAAAAAUGAAGAAAUAUCUUAUUGUCAACUUAAAUGGGUUGCAAAUUUUGAUCAAGAAAUUAAUGCAGCAAUAAAAGAGAAUUAUAACGAAAUAAUUGAUAUCGAACAAACUAAUGAAUUUAAAGAAAUAUUAAAUAAGGGUUAUAUAUUAAAAAAAGAAUCUAACACUGAUAGUGGUACAAAUAAAACAGAAAUUAGAUGUGCAAAAUGUAUGAAACUUUUUAAUAACAUUACUGAUGUACCUAAUCAUAUUUUUAUUAAACAUAAUCAAAUUAAAAUGAAAUUAAUUACGGAAACUGAAGCACAAAUUAUGCAAAGAUAUUUUUACAAAAGCCCUCAUAGUUUUAACUUUUUUUUUAUGAUGGAAAAAAAACAUAAUUCUAAUAAUUCUAAAAAUUAUUUAAAUAAUAAAAGUACAUAUUUUAAGAAAAAUAAUUAUAAAAAUCAAAAUUUUCAUUUAGUCACAAAUAAUUCAAGAGAUCAAUACAAAGAUUUUGACGAUCCAAAUGCAAAUUUUUUGGAUAAUGUAAAACAAUCUUCGAAAAAAAAUAGCGAUUUUUAUGAUGACACAUAA